GAGAGCGCGGCGCGCGGAGCGGCCGCGCUGGGCGCGGCCCUGGACACCCGCAGCCGCGCCCUGCUGGCCGGACGGCUGCCCGAGCUUGCCAGCCAGGGCUUCGGGGGCCUGCGGCGGGCCGUCGCUGUGCUCCGCGUGCUGACCGCGGACGACGGCGACGCCGCGGCCGCGGGUGCCGGUCUUCGGGCCGCCGCCUCCGCGGUCGUGCGCGAAGCGGGCGCGCACAUGAGGGCGCUGCUGCAGGCCAGCAGCCAGGAGGUGCUGGGCGACCUCCUGCGGGCGCUCGCGGCACUCUCGGGGGGCGCGCGCGGGGCUGGCGGCACCAUGGCCGCGCCGGAGGUGCAGGGCGUGUUCCGCGCGGCCAUGGUCGGGCUGAUGUCGAGGCGGGGGUGCGGCCCUCCCCUGCUGUGCGACCUUGCCGCUGAGCCUCUGGAUGAUAUUUACAGCCCGUUCUCUUGCGCGCCGCCACCGAGGGCUGGCUUCGCGCAGGCCUUCCUGCCUUUGAGAUCCCUGCGGAGCUGCUCGGAGCGGACGCCGCCUCGAGGCGGGGCGGUGGCCGUGCGCUGCAGCUGGCCUCUCUCCUGA